AUGUUGUGCGGCAUUGGAAGGACUGCCAGUUUUGCCAGUGAGUUCAGCGCGGUGCUACAUGUGCAGCUGGAGUGGCUGAUGCGACCGCGCUUCAUCGUAAAUGUCAAUUUGCAAUGGACACUAGGACCUCAGCUGAAGAUGAUUUGCUUGGCUUCAGUUCCAAGGGGUCAGGCAGGACUUCAGGGAGACAAAAUCACGAACAAGUGCAUUGAUGCCACUCCCGGAGGCUGCCUUCGCUUACAGAGUUGCCAGGGGGAUGCGUUGCAUGUCGGCGGAGAUCUCUCGAGCCCCAUCAGCCGGGUACAUUGA